AUGAGGGACGGGACGGGACCUUGGGGAGGCCGGGGCGGGCCCGGGUCCCCGGCUCCAGCCGUAGGCACGGGCACCUCCCUGGCGCUCUCCUCGCUGCUCUCGCUGCUGCUCUUCGCCGGGAUGCAGAUGUACAGCCGGCAGCUGGCGUCCACCGAGUGGCUGACCAUCCAGGGUGGGCUGCUGGGCUCCGCACUGUUCCUCUGCUCCCUCACCGCCUUCAACAACCUGGAGAACCUCGUCUUUGGCAAAGGAUUCCAGGCCAAGAUCUUCCCCGAGAUCCUCACCUGCCUCUUGCUGGCUCUCUUUGCCUCUGGCCUCAUCCACCGAGUCUGUGUCACCACCUGCCUCAUUUUCUCCAUGGUUGGCCUCUACUACAUCAACAAGAUCUCCUCCACCCUCUACCAGUCUGCAGCGCCCGUCGCUGCUCCUGCCAAGGCUGUCGGCAAAGGCAGGAAGAGGAAUUGAUAUCCCACCACCCCUCCCAGGGCAAUCCCCCUGCACCCCCAACCUGGCCUGGGGCUCCCAGUUCCCCAAUAAAGCCAUUUCUUUGUA